CUUUAUUGCUUCUCUCUCUCUCUCUCUUCCUCGGCUUCUAGAUAGAUGGGAGCCGUCUUCCUCGCAUCGAUCACGAGAACACUACCACUUCGCUUGCUCUCUGCAUGCGCUCCCUCCUCCUCCGGCGACUCAUAGUGCCGGAUCCGAACGCCCCCUGAUCUGAGACCCGCCGCGUCAUGGAAGUCGGCUCCAUCUCCUCCGCCCCCCGCACCGUGGAAGAGAUCUUUAAGGACUAUAGCAGCCGCCGCGCCGGCAUCGUCCGCGCCCUCACCCAUGAUGUCGACGAGUUCUACGCCCAGUGCGAUCCGGAGAAGGAGAACCUGUGCCUGUACGGCCACCCCAACGACUCGUGGGAGGUGAACCUCCCGGCGGAGGAGGUGCCGCCGGAGCUGCCGGAGCCAGCGCUUGGGAUUAAUUUCGCGAGGGAUGGGAUGAACCGCCGCGACUGGCUCUCGCUCAUCGCCGUCCAUAGCGACUCCUGGCUCUUGUCUGUUGCUUUCUAUCUUGGGGCGCGCCUCAACCGGAACGAGAGGAAACGCUUGUUUAGCAUGAUCAAUGAACUUCCAACCGUCUUUGAAGUGGUCUCGGACAGGAGGCGAUCGAAAGAAAAGUCUGGCAUGGACAGUGCAAGCAAAUCUAAACUCUCAACCAAGCGAUCAAGCGAAGGACAGAUAAAAAGCAACUCAAAGACAGCCGACGAGGAGUAUGGUGAAGAUGACGACGAGCACAGCGAAACCCUUUGUGGAACUUGCGGAGGAAGUUACAGCGCAGAUGAGUUUUGGAUUGCGUGUGAUGUAUGUGAAAGGUGGUUUCACGGGAAGUGUGUGAAGAUAACUCCUGCAAAAGCUGAGAGUAUAAAGCAGUACAAGUGCCCCGGUUGCAGUUCAAAGAAAGGAAGGCAGUAAGAAUUUGUUCCCAUUCCUCAAAUGCAAAGCCGACUACGUUCCUCCUUAUGUUAACUGUAGUUACUAAGUAGUGUUAGGUCCUAUCAAAGUGCGUUUCAUCUGAAUCCGAAUUAUAACAUUGGAAGAGUCAAUUAUCAUCUGUAACUCGUAUUAUCAGCUUAAACUAUUACAUAGAUCUGGAUUUGCGUUUGA